UUUGUGUGUGUGUGCGCGUUAGGCUGGCGGAGAGACAGGCAGAGGUGUUUGUGAUGGGAGCUAGUAGCUAACUAGGAAGAGCGGCUAUACCUUUAAGUACUAAAACGAAACAAGAAGCCAUCAGCGGCAACACAGGGUCGGAUUUAUACCUGGGCUUAGAGGGGAUUUCGAUAUGAUAACUUUAUUUGUUAAACUCCUUCUCAUGCUUUGCUGCCUACAAGAUAUCACAGGUCAGUAUGGGAACCCCUUGAACAAAUUUAUUCGCCACUAUGAAGGUUUAUCAUAUGACACAGAAGCCCUGCACAACAGUCACCAGAGAGCCAAGAGGGCACUCUCUCCUCAAGACAGGACUGUGCACCUGGACUUUCAUGCUCAUGGCAGGCAUUUUAACUUGCGGAUGAGGAGGGAUACAACUCUAUUUUCUCCAGAUAUCAUCAUCGAGGUAUCAGGAGAGGAGACACCCACUGAUACGUCACAUAUUUACAGUGGAGAAAUCUUCGGAGAAAAGGGCACAGUGACUCAUGGCUCUGUGGUUGAUGGGCGCUUCGAAGGUUUCAUUAAAACCCACCAAGGAACAUACUAUGUUGAACCCUCGGAGAGGUACCUUAAUGACAAGAAUGUUCCCUACCACUCUGUCAUCUAUCAUGAGGAUGACAUUGAUUAUCCUCAUAAGUAUGGCUCAGAGGGCGGCUGUGCUGACCACUCAGUGUUUGAGAGGAUGACAAAGUACCAGUCAUCUGCAACAGAAGAGCCAGUCAAAGGUGUAAACAGUGUGUUGGAAGAGGAGAACUCCCACGGCCCUGUCAUUUUGAGGAGGAAGAGGGCAGCGGGGAAAGAGAAGAAUACCUGCCAGCUCUUCAUUCAGACUGACCACCUCUUCUUUAAAUACUACGGCACAAGAGAGGCUGUCAUUGCCCAGAUCUCCAGCCAUGUAAAGGCCAUCGACUCCAUUUACCAGGCCACCGACUUCAUGGGCAUCCGAAAUAUCAGCUUCAUGGUUAAAAGGAUCAAGAUAAAUACUACCACUGACGAGAAAGACAGGACCAAUCCUUUUCGAUUUGCCAACAUUGGAGUGGAAAAGUUUUUGGAGCUUAACUCUGAACAGAACCAUGAUGACUACUGCCUGGCCUACGUCUUCACUGACAGGGACUUUGAUGAUGGCGUUCUGGGCUUGGCAUGGGUCGGGGCUCCCACAGGAAGCUCUGGGGGCAUCUGUGAGAAGAGCAAGAUGUACUCCGAUGGAAAGAAGAAGUCUCUGAACACUGGUAUCAUCACUGUGCAGAACUACGCCUCCCAUGUCCCUCCCAAGGUGUCACACAUCACCUUUGCUCAUGAGGUUGGCCACAACUUUGGUUCCCCUCAUGACUCUGGGAUCGAAUGCACCCCUGGAGAGUCAAAGCUUCAGGACAAAAAGGAGCAGGGCAACUAUAUCAUGUACUCUCGGGCCACAUCAGGAGACAAGCACAACAAUAACAAGUUUUCAAUCUGCAGCAUCCGCAAUAUAAGCGCUGUUCUAAUGAAGAAGAGGGAUAGCUGUUUUGUCGAGUCUGGCCAGCCUAUCUGUGGUAAUGGACUAGUAGAAGGUGAAGAACAAUGUGACUGUGGCUACAACGAUCAGUGUCAAGACCUCUGCUGCUAUAGCGCCAAUGAAGCGGAGGGCAAAAGGUGCAAACUCCAACCUGGCAAAAUCUGCAGUCCAAGCCAAGGGCCAUGUUGCACAUCACAGUGUACGUACAAGGGCCAAGCUGACAAGUGCAGGGAUGAGUCUGAGUGUGCCCAAGAGGGCAUGUGCAAUGGAAAUUCUCCUAUGUGUCCUACCUCCACACCAAAGGAAAAUUUCACAUCUUGCAAUACAGCAACACAAGUCUGCCUCAAUGGGGUCUGUUCUGGUUCCAUUUGUGAGAAGUAUAAGCUAGAGGUAUGUACCUGUGCCAGCCAAGAGGGCAAGGAUGAAGCAGCAGAACUAUGCCACGUGUGCUGCAUGGAGAAAAUGAAGCCGACCACCUGCAGCAGCACAGGCUCAGCGCAAUGGGAGAAAUUCUUCAACAAAAAGGUCACAACGCUGCAACCCGGCUCACCUUGCAAUGACUAUAAGGGCUACUGUGAUGUGUUCAUGAGGUGUCGUCUGGUGGAUGCAGAUGGGCCUUUGGCAAGGCUAAAGAAAGCUAUCUUCAAUGCAGAACUAUAUGAGAACAUUGCAGAGUGGAUAGUGGAUCACUGGUGGGCAGUGCUGUUGAUGGGCAUCGCUCUUAUCAUGCUAAUGGCUGGCUUCAUCAAGAUCUGCAGCGUCCACACUCCCAGCAGCAAUCCCAAACUGCCCCCACCAAAGCCACUGCCAGGUACACUGAAGAGAAGACGACAGCAGCAGGCACAGUCGCAGGCCCAGCGCCCCCACCCACGUCAGCAAAGAGAGAACUAUCAGAUGGGACAGAUGAGACGCUGACCUGCUUUUUGCCUUGGUUCUUUCUAGUGCCUACAAUGGGAGCACUUAACUCCAAAGAGUUACCUUUACCACAUAUUGCAAAAUUCAAAGAACUCGCAACUGAAAUGAUUUCACUGGACAACGCCUGAUGUGUUUGGGCCUAACAAACUCACACCUCUGCUCUGAGAGCCAGAUUAGCAGUGGUUACACAGCUUUUAUAGGAUAUUAAUAACUUUUUCAAGGAGAGACAGGAGGAAAAAUUCACUGAUCUCUGUUAUGUGGUCUUAAUCUUUAUUUUUUUUUAUUUUUUUUUUUUUACCAGAGUGAAAGAGAUAGAAGCAGGUUUGUCAUAGAUUUAUCUUCCUCUGUCCUCCAAUCUAUACUACCCUUUUCUUUCCUGUUCUUCCUUUCUGAGAUGCUGCCAUCAUCAGCACGAUAGCAGGACUGCAAGUCACGAGUUUUUGCUGCCAAUCAAAACCAUCAUAUUGGGAUUUUUUUCUUUUUGUCAACAUAAUUAUAUUGUUUUUAAAUCAAAGCACCAUCAAAAACUCAAGCUUUUUAUUUCUAAAGCAGACACAUUCCUUCAGCGUGGUUGUUCAUGUUAUUGUCGCAGUAGUUUUUGUUUUCUGUGUUCAAAUGAAAUUGAUUUUCUAUAUGACGAAGAUUAUUUACUGUUUUAAUUCACUUUCUCAGGAUUAAUAAAAAAGAUGGCUGCUUGUGCAUUUCAGGGUAAAGUCCCUCCUGGCCGGUGCCUGUAUAGAAGGGUUCACAUUAGCUGUCGUCGUGGGAUGAAAAGAAUGUAGAUAAAUGAGCUGAACAAGAUCGGUGUGUCAUCUGUUAACUGUGGAGGAGAGAUUGAUGGUCUGGAUGUGUAUAGUUCUGUUGCAACUGUAUUUACAUAAAGGCGUAGUCAAGGGCUGAAAUAAAUGGUGAGAGAAUAGCUUUUUAUCAACCUGAUUGUAUCACACUUUUACUCUGUCACAGCUGUUUCCUCUGACUUGUUGCUUUGGCACUGACUUGUGACACCAUUUGUAAGAUGACCACUUUUUGCUUCAAAUGUGUGUCUUUUCAUUCAGAUUUUUAUUCCAGCGUGAUUGUCCCGGCCAAAUCCUCACUCAUUCUGUGCUGUCCAUCUUGAAAUUCAGACACUUGCAGUUGUUUAAGAAAAUCUGUUUAAACCACUCAAAAGCGGUUGGAGGACACCUUUCAACGAUGAACGUGGUUUGUUUAAAUGUGAUUGUUGAUUUAGCUUUCUUUGAUUUUACUUGCAUUUCAGAUUAUUUGUAUAUGUGGAGGAUUCUUAUUUUAUUGCCGCUUGUUGCUGUUAAUUAAAAUUUACCAGAGCCAACUGUCACUAUGUGUCAACCACUCAUCAUCACUGUCCUUUCUUCUUCUACUGACUGGGGUUUUCUCAAGGAACAAUUCUUACCCAUGUAACACCUGCUUGAUUUUCUGUUAUCAAAUUGAAAAUGUGCCUACUUGGAGCAGUGCGACUGAAAUUGACGGACUAAUGUCAGUAAAACCACAGCUGAACCCACACAUGAGGUAGAGGCUUAUCCAAGCACUAUUAUCAGUGCGGACUGCUGACAUUCAAAGACGCAAAAUCAUUUAGGGCUUUUAGGGCAUUUAGUUUUAGAUGUUUGAGAGAUUAUAAUUAAUAUUGACUUUUUAUAAUAUAUUACUGCCCAGCCCUAAUUUGGCCUAACUUGAGUUAGGAAUUUAGGUCAACCUCACUGAUGAAAGUGAAGAACUCCUAGUUGAUUUACUGGCAAAAUAUAAAAGUACAUUAGUUUCUUGAAAUUAUUUCAGGAGGGAACAACUCCUCGGCGCAGACAGACUUUGUUUCUUAACUUUGCAAACAAGCUGAGUGAAGUUUUUUGAAGGUGUGAGGAUGUCUCGUUAUUGAUCCAAUAGAUUCUAUGCAGAGUAUCACAGAACUCAACGGUGAACAAGUAAGCCUCUUCGCAGAGAAAUGCCUUUGUUUUCUUCUUAAAUGGGUACAUGGAAAAUUCUGUUGUGUAAUUCCUACCCAAGUGUCUGGAUAAAAAUGUGUAAUCCUCUGUUGCGGAUUUUGUUUGUGUUUCUGGUGCUACGUGUAGUGCUUUGUCUUGGGUCGCAGCUUAAAGUCUAUUUUUCUUGAAUUUUUGCAACUUGUAAAGCUUUUAUGUGAGAGUGAGAGAGAGAUGCUUUUGCUGAAUCAUCCUUAUUUUUUGUUGAUAUGGUAUGAUGUAGACAAUACUGGGUGUUAGGGGUUAAUUCUCUGGGAAAUGUAUUGUUUCUUUCAAAUGUUGCUAUAUAAUGUUGAGAAAAUGUGCACUGAAUUUUAAGUGGUAUAAACAGAGACUCCAAAAUGAUAUAGAUUCAGUACUACUGUCUGAUUUUAAUGUCUCCUGCAUUUUAUACUGUGUUUUCAAUGGUCUUCUGUUUUUGAGUUCUGUUCUGUUCUGUUUUCCAUUUUGCUUACUUUAGACAUUUUACUUCAUUUUCAAAGGUAUUGUGCAAAACUAUAAUUUGUUUUCAACUACUUGAAAUGCAUUAAUAAACCAGAAUUGAUCAUG